AUGUAUGCAUCGAGGCAAUUCAGUGAUCCUACUGCCUUCUUUCCCCCGAUCUGUCAUGGCCAUGGAGGAGACUCGUCAACAGGGGCGAGCAUGGAUGACAAGCGCAUCACGUCCGUUGUUACACAGGAUGAGAUAUCAGCGCACUCUAUCCCUGUGACCGAACGCGACGCUACCGAGGAUGAGGACAUGGAGAGCAAGCCUUUGGAGGAAUACGAGCCUGUUGUCUACAGGGGUUUGGCGUCCGGGUGGCCUGCGCUGAGACGAUGGGAUUUCGAUUACUUCGCUUCAGGGAGAGUUGGGGAGACUACAGUUACGGUUACAGGAAGAGAAGGGAAAAAAACGGCCAUGAUGCUGAAAGACUACAUCUCGUCUUUCAGGAGCUCGCAUGGGGCUGAAGGGAACGCGCAAGAGCUUGAGGAUGGACGUAUGAGAAAGACUGCGCGGAACUCGUUCAAGACUUUCAGGUUGAUCCCUGGGUGGGCGAAAGACUGGUUCGGUCGGCUACCAGCAAAGGAGGACCCUUGCUUCCGAUGGAUCUUUGUGGGCCCUGGCGGAUCGAAGACCCCGCUGCAUGUCGAUCCUUGCCUGACGCAUGCGUGGCUGGCACAGGGAAAGACGGUUGAUGUAAGAGAGCCCAAUAGAGAAACGUUCCCAACGUUUGACCAGGCGGUGCCCUACGAGGUAGUCCUCCAUCCUGGUGACGUCAUUUUUGUUCCCGCAGGCUGGGCUCAUCAGGUUGAGUGUGUGGAUGAUUCAAUCUCCUUGACACACAACUUCCUCCCAAAGCAAAAUUUUAGUGCGAUCAGAGCGUGCAUGCUUGCUAACAGGCUGGGGAAAGUGGUUGAGGCACAACGAAGAGAAGUCAGUGCUGAGAAGAACGGAUCAUAA